CCUCCUCCUCCUCCUCCUGCUCCUCAGCGUGGAGGUGCGGGGCCACUACUGGCUGUGUUGUUGCGGCACUGGAUGGAUCUAACGAGCAAUGUUUGCGGGUGAAGCCUCGGGCGGUGCGCGCGGAGGGAAAUAAAAACAAAAAAACCGGGGAAUUUAUUUUUCUAUAUAUUUUUUAAUUUUUUUGUUAAUUUUUCUUCCUCCUCCUCUUCCUCACCUGCUCGUCAGUCACCUCCACUGUGGCGACAUGUCAAACUCAAACAAAAGCAAGAAGGACAAAGAAAUCCUCGCAGAGUACGAGAGCCAAGUCAAAGAUGUGCGGGCCCAGUUGGUGGAGCAGCAGCGAUGUCUGGAGCAGCAGACCGAGAUGCGAGUGCAGCUGCUUCAGGACCUGCAGGACUUCUUCAGGAAGAAGGCCGAGAUCGAAACGGAAUAUUCCCGAAACCUGGAGAAGCUCGCCGAGAGGUUCAUGGCCAAAACGCGCAGCACGAAAGACCAUCAGCAAUACAAAAAGGAUCAGAACCUGCUCUCUCCGGUGAACUGCUGGUACCUGCUGUUAAACCAGGUGAGGAGGGAGAGUAAGGAUCACGCCACCAUCAGCGACCUCUACCUGAACAACGUCAUCAGCCGCCUCACGCACAUCAGCGAGGACUCUGCCCGCCUGCUGAAGAGGAGCAAGGAGAUAAUCUUUCAGCUUCAGGAAGACCUCAUGAAGCUCCUGAAUGAGCUUUACACCGUGAUGAAGACGUAUCACAUGUACCACGUGGAGACGAUCAGCGCGGAGACGAAGCUGCGGGAGGCGGAGCGCCAGGAGGGACGCGUGAAGGGCGUCUCGGGGACGGGCGGAGGGGUGGAGCCCGUGUUCGGCCUGCGGAUAGAAGAGCGCCACCAGAGGCGCAACGCCGCCCGCAAGAUGGAGAAGAUGAGGGAGAAGAGGAAGGCAAAGUACUCAGAGAACAAACUGAAGACUCUUAAAGCCAGGAACGAGUAUCUGUUGACUCUGGAGGCCACAAACGCCUCCGUGUUUAAAUACUACAUCCACGACCUGCCCGACAUCAUAGACUGCUGUGACCUAGGGUACCACUCCAGUCUGAGCCGGGCUCUGAGGACCUACCUAUCAGCCGAACUGAGCCUUGAAGCCUCCAGGAGGGCGGGUCUGGAGGUGCUGGAGGGCGCCGUGGAGGGCCUGGACCCCGCCCGCGACAGGCAGCGUCUGCUGGGCCUCUACCCCACUGCCUUCUGCCCCCCGCAGCGCUUCGGCUUCCAGGCCCACAUGGGCGACGCAGUGACCCAGAUUGCCUCCCAGCCACAGGUCCAAGCUGAGCUCAACCUCCGCCUCACGCAGCUCCAGACCCGCCUGGCGUCCCUGAAGAUAGAGAACGAAGAGGUGAAGAAGACCUGGGGUGCGACUCUGAACACCCUGCAGGACAUGACGGUGCUGGACGACUACGACGUCUCCCAGAGCUUCACCCACAGCCCGUCCUCCGAGUCGGUCAAGUCCAGCGUGUCGGACGGCUACUUGAACAAGCCGAGUCUGGCCAAGAGACGGGCCAACCAGCAGGAGACGGAGCUCUUCUACUUCAAUAAAUUCCGCGAGUAUCUGGAGGGAAGUAAUCUAAUUUCCAAACUGCAGGCCAAACACGACAUAUUGAAGAAAGCCUUAGCAGAGGGGUAUAAAUCUGAACUACUGACUACCAGUCGUGGGCGGAAGAACUCCCAUAGCAAGCAUCAGGAUUCAACCAAAGCCAUACCCUUGCUUGUGGAGAGCUGCAUCCGCUACAUCAACCUACAUGGUCUUCAGCAUCAAGGCAUAUUCCGGGUGUCAGGGUCACAGGUGGAGGUCAACGACAUCAAGAACUCCUUCGAAAGAGGUAACGACCCACUGAUUGACGAGGAGAGCAACCACGACAUCAACUCCGUGGCCGGAGUGUUGAAGCUCUACUUCAGGGGUUUGGAGAACCCGCUGUUUCCAAAGGAAAGGUUUAAUGACCUCAUCUCCUGCGUCCGAAUCGAGAACAUGUACGAGAGAGCGCAGUGCAUCCGUAAGAUCCUGCUGGGCGUCCCGAGGGCGACGCUGGUGGUGAUGCGCUACCUGUUCGCCUUCCUCAACCACCUUUCCCAGUACAGCGAUGAGAACAUGAUGGAUGCUGGGAACCUGGCCAUUGUAUUCGGCCCCACCCUCCUGCCCACACCGGACACCCUGGACCAGGUCGCCUGUCAGGCGCACGUGAAUGAGGUCGUCAAAACGGUCAUCCUGAACCACGACAACAUCUUCCCAGACACGAAGGAGCUGCCCGGGCCGGUUUAUGAGAAGUGUAUGACUGGAGACCAGUACUGCGAGAGCCCGUUCAGCGAGCCGGGAGCGCUGGAGGAGGCCGAGCCCGACGGCGGCACCGAAACCCAGACCAGCGACGAGGAGGGUGAGGCUGUGGAGGCGGUGGCGAGGUUCGACUACGUGGGCCGGUCGGGCCGCGAGCUCUCCUUCAAGAAGGGAGCGUCCCUGCAGCUCUUCCAGCGCGCGUCGCAUGACUGGUGGGAGGGGCGGCACAACGGCAACCACGGCCUGGUGCCUCACCAGUACAUCGUGGUGAAAGACAGGGCCGACGCCAUGUCCGACACGCUCAGUCAGAAGGCGGACAGCGACGGCGGGAGCAGCAGCACCGACGACAAGAGGUCCAGGAGCGAACUGAGCUCCCCCACUGACAUCAGACCACCAGAGACCUAUAACAGGUCUGUCAUUCACAGGAGGAAGCGGACCGACGGUUUAUUCCGUCGCCCCCUCGGCCGCUCUAACGACAGCCACUGCCACGGUAACGGAGGGGUGAUGGAGCGAAGCUCUCCACCGGUGACGGGUCACUUCAGCCCUCGAGAGCUGCUGCUGGGACGAGGUCAGGGUUUGACCCCGCCCCUGGAUAGUCCGGAGAGGCGCCGCCGUUCUGCCGCCGCCGUGACCAUGACGGUGAGCCGGCAUGAUUCGCUGCGGAGGCCGGAGGACACGCCCAUCCGGCGCUCGAGCAGCGGGCAACACGGCUUCAGUGACUCCCAUCGCUCCAGAGCGCUGGACCCCGACACACUGGCACAGGACAUCGAGGAGACGGUGACUGUGGCUCUGGGGGAGUUGCGGCAGCUGGAGCGGCAGGGCUGCCGGCCGGCUCCCGACGUGGUGCUGGACACUCUGGAGCAGGUGAAGAACGGGCCCAUGACCGCCUGCUCCUCCGAGUCUCCCAGCCCCCACAGCACCCCCAGCACACCGGGAACCCCCGGCACCCCCGGGACUCCCGGGACACCCGGCACCCCGAGCCCCCUAAGCCCUCUGAGCCCCCUAAGCCCGCUCCCCGGACCUCCGCCCGGACCUCCAAGACCGGCCAACCCUUCCCCCGACACCCUGGGCUCCUUCAAACCCGUGGCAGCCGCCCGCAUCGGGGCUCCGCUGCGGCCCCCGGCCCUUAGACCAAAACCUAUGGUCCCACCCAAGAGCAGCACCCCGCCUCUGCCCCCACCGCUGGACAAAUCCUGCACCAUGUGAGCCAAACCAGGCCGAUUUUAAAAGGCCAAAUCAGGCCGACCCGGGCCAAAAAUGGGCCAGAAGAGGAGAUCAGGGUACUGCUUAAUGUUUAUAAUCAACAUAUGAGGGUAGAAACGGUAGGAAAGAGAACAAAGGUUUAAAUGUAGUAAUAAACUAUAAUAUAUGACAUGACCUAUGAUAUGAUAUGCCAUGAUAUUUAUGUGUUGUCAGGUUGGUGUGUACUCUUCUUGGUGUGUAGGAGUUUACUUUCUCCAUGUAUUGAAGCAUUUAUCAAAGGUUAGCUAAAAAGAACUGCUGAUAAAAGAGACACAGCGUAUAGAGGCAGAGCAAUCCUGUAUAUGAGAUCAUAGCCAGAGAGGAAGAGCUAGAGAGCGAGAGGAAGACGAGGC